AUGAACCCCCCAAGUCUGGCUCUGAUUGCUUUUGCCUCUUUCACACGUCCCAAUCUCUGCUGCAUCCCAAACUCUGAAAAUAGCAACCCUAAAUCUUUUACGGCCCCGUUGUGGCUGUUGGCUGGGCACACUUUAAGCUUAUCGCCAAAUUUGGAGCCAUGGGCGGAGAUCCUUGACCACGAGGCACGCCAGGCAAGAACAAUACUACUCACCACCAUCGCCACAUUAGGCGCAUGUGCACCGGAAGAUGCGCUCUCAGUGAUCGACCAAGAUUCCGUAAGGAUGCCGCGUAGGCCACAUAAGAAGUCGCGCAAUGGCUGCUUAGAAUGUAAGCGGCGCCACAUAAAAUGCGACGAGAAACAACCGAUAUGCUCCAACUGUCGGUCUUCGGAACGUUCCUGCGAAUACGCGGAUCCGUUCAUACGGGCGGCCCAUUCGCGGUCAAGCAAGUCAUCAACCCCGUCACCUGCUGGCCUGGUGACGAGUGAAACAUCCUUGCGGUCGCCUGCACAUCCAUCUUCUCUUUCUGACAGUCCCCCCGUCAAUAUGCUUCACGCUGAGCUGUUCUUCAACUUGGUGAACAACACCAUCGACAGUCUCAGCGAUGGGGAGACCGUUUGGCUUGGUGCUCCGGAAGUGAUGCGAAUGGUCGUCUCAACGCCCUAUCUCAUCAAUCAAAUGCUUGCAACGAGUGCUUUACACUUGAGUAUAGUGCGUCCAGAAAACGGAGAAUGGUAUCGGCGCCAUGCAGCCCAUCUACAAACGCAUGCAUUGGAAAUUUACAAUCAAAGGAGACUCGAGGUGAACCAGGAGAGCACUGUCCCACUAUUUCUUUUCUCCUGCAUUCUCGGCAUGCACACUCUGUGUGACGUCUUGGUCCACCGCGAAGAGACGAGUUUCGAUACAUUUAUAGAGCGAUUCGUGCGUUGUCUCAAACUCCAAAUUGGUAUUCGCGUCGUGAUUUCUUCAACUUCAUGGCAAUCACUACGAGAGUCAAUCCUCAAGAAACCGCUUCAAGACGGAGCAAUUUUGUUCGAGUGGGACACAAAACUUGGACCCGAGUGCGCAGGACUCUUGAGGCUCGUUGAAGGGGCUAAGCUGGGCGACUCCAUCACUUCCACCUAUCGGGGUGCGAUACAGGCGCUGCAGAUGUCUAUGAAUGCAGCUCUCAAGGCCUCGCUGAAAAAUGUCGUCGGUGUUACGGGCUGGCCUGUCAUAGUCAGCCCUGAAUAUGCCGAAUACUUGGCAAUGCAGCGGCCCGAAGCUCUGGUAAUUUUAGCUCAUUACGCCGUUAUUCUACACUGGCAUCGGCAUCUGUGGCUGUUUGGCGAUGGUGGCCGCUUUCUUAUCGAGUCCAUCAGCAGGCAUCUAGGCCCGAGCUGGGCUGAGUGGUUGGAGUGGCCGAACCGGAGUUUGAGUGAACCUGGUCGGUUAGGUGGGAUGUCGUAA